GGGCGGGCACUGCGGUGACUCAUGGCGGGGCUCGCCUGCGGCCCCGGGCUCUUUAUAACGGCUCGGCUCGGAGGAUGCUCCCGGGAGCCGCCCAGGCAGCGGGGAUCUCAUCUCCGCCUCUCGCCUUCUCCGCCGGCGCUCCUAGUUGCCUCGUCUCCCAGCCCCUCCUUCCCCGGGCCCCUCGGCUCUCUCGCGCUCCGGAUUCGCCCCAACGGUCCCGAGUGUGCUGGGGCUCCCGUCGGCGCGCCCCUUUCCGGCCCGUCUGGGUGCCCGUCCCGCCCGCUUGCCGCAGCUCCAGGCGGCCCCUGCCACCUCGUGCACCCGACGUUCCCCUGCGUGGCCCCGGCCAGCGCCCCGUGCCAGCCUGCCCGCCGGCCCGCACGCCCUCCGCUGUCUCCGUCCGCUCCACCUCUGCUCGGGUCGGCUCGGCUCUCUGCCCGUUCCCCAGAGGGCGCCAUGAGGACCGCGCCCCGCGCCCCGUCCCCUCCGCUGCUGCUGCUCCUGCUGCUCGGGCUCCUGCUGCUCCUGCCGCCCUCGGGCGACACCGCCGUCAUCACCGGGGCUUGUGACAAGGACCCCCAAUGUGGGGGUGGUAUGUGCUGUGCGGUCAGUAUUUGGAUCAGAAGCCUCCGAAUGUGUACACCGAUGGGCAACUUGGGAGACAGCUGUCAUCCAUUGACUCGGAAAGUUCCAUUUUUUGGGAAGAGACUGCAUCACACCUGUCCUUGCCUACCUGGAUUGGCCUGUGUACGGACUACAUUUAACCGAUUUCGAUGUUUACCCAGGAAAUGAUGGUCACUUUUGAAAUGGAAUCAGUUAAAUGUGAAUAGCAACUUAAUGUAUUAAAUUUUUUUUCUUGUGAUUAUAAUGAACAAGUUAUAUGCCAGAAAAAAAUCCUAUUUCUUUUCCUCUUUACAAGCAUCAAAAAAUAAAUAUAUGUAGGCCUAAGUUAUAUUUAA